CUCAUCUGACCAGAUAUCACCUGAUAUUGAUAACACUACGAUUGAAUUUCGAUGUUUUAGUUUAAUUACAGCCAAAGAACUUAUCAAAAGUCACAAAAAUGGCUUCCAAUAUGGAAAUUUCAAUUUAUAGAGGAUCAGAAUCAUUCUUUGAUUUUUCUUGUUUCACCUGUCAGGAUAAUGAUAGAAGCACUAGAGGCUGAUUUUUACUGUGAGGAAUGUUCUAAAUUUUACUGCAGCAAAUGUGUGGAGUAUCAUAACUAUCUUUACAAAAAGCAUGCAAUUUUGGACAAGAAAAACAUCAGCCAGUGGCCUGUGACUGAUGUUAGCCAACUAGAGCAAUGUCAGGAGCACAAGAAAGAAAAACUGACAGGAUUCUGCGAGGACCACAGUGAGCUGAUAUGUCAUGCCUGCCAUGUCCACAAUCAUCAGAAAUGCAGUCAUGUGGUACUUAUAGCUGACAAAGUGAAAGACCUCCAUCAAAAAGGAGACUUCAAGCAGUUAUCAGAAACUAUUGAUAAACAAUACCAGCAGUUGAUACAUAAGAAAGAUGACUUAGAGGAAAACAUGAAGUCUCUUGAGAAAUCUUACAAGAAAACUCUGGAAGAAAUUAAUGAAUUACGAAAGACAAUUAAUGAUGCUUUGGAUCAACUGGAAAAGAAUACCAAGAAGGAGUUGGACACAUUACUGGAAACCACGAGGACAUCAAUUCAAAUUGAUAUAGAAAACUGCACUGAGUCCAUAAAAAAUAUUACAUGCUUAAAAGAAGAUUGGAUGAGAAUAAAAGAAAAAAGUGAAUCACUGACUUUUUUCAAGUAUAGAAAAUGUCUUGUCCAUUCCAUCAAGGUAGAAGCAGUUCUACAAGAAAUGACAAAGAAGGAUGUGAUGAAACUUAUCUUCAGACCUGAUACAGCUAUCCAACAAAACCUGUCCACUCUCUCAGGAUUGGGACAAACAUUUAGCUCAGUGAAAAAAUUACAACCUACUCAAAGGAUAACACAGAACCUAGUUACCAGACAGAAUAAACCUGAAGCAUCCAGCCAGUCUGACCCUAAACAUCAAACAACUUCAAGACUGAACGAAAAAAAAUCCAUCCCAGACCCCAGCUCAUCUAGAAAGUUCAGACCAGCAUACCAAACAAUUGAUCUGACUAAGUCCGGUCAGGUGUCUGAUCCAGUAUCAAGUUCAUCACAUCAGCUGGUUCAGAGAUAUCAACCAGGUGCAGUAAGCAAGUCUGAUCAAAUCAUUAAAGUGAAGAGUUAUAAAAGGUACAGUGUGGCGAUUAAAGGAGAUAAAGACCCAUGCUGGAUAACAGGUAUCUGUGAGACAGCUUCUGGAGAACUCCUCAUCACAGACUAUUACAACAAUAAAGUGAAGCUCCUGGAUCAGACCUACAAGGUGGUGGCCCACUGUGACUUGCCUAGGACACCAUGGUCCAUGUGCAGCAUUGACUCCAGUCUGGUGGCUGUUACUGUGGAGAACACGGGGGUCCACUUUAUCAGAGUGACAAAUGGCGGGUUUAUUAAUUUGUUUACUCAGUUAAAAAAGGACAGGAUACUGAAGUUCCAACAUGAUUGCUUGGGUAUUGCCCAUCAGCAUGGUAACCUGUACAUUACAGAUGGUAGAGCUCUGUAUCACUAUACUCUGGAUGGAAGACUGGUUAGGGAGAUGUAUAAGGAUACAUCAGGUUGCAACAAUGCAGUUACUUCCUGUGCAGUGAGUCCAGAUGGAGACAGGAUAUAUGCAACCAAUUUGUCCAGUCAACAGCUGGUCACACUGUCCAGGGAUGGUACAGUGAUCUCCAACCUGACUGUAUCUGACCUGAGCAGAGUAGAUGAACUACCUGGCCUACAUGUGACACAGUCAGGACAAGUUCUGGUGUGUGGAGACACAAUCUACCAGGUUGACAGGGAUGGGACACAGAUACUGGCAAAGCUGGUCACAGAGAAUGAUGGUGUGAUUCACCCUAUGUCUGUCUACUACAGUAAGCACACAGGCUCAAUCAUUGUAGGAAUGUGUAAUAAUGACAUUACAGUGUUUCAGGCAGUGUUGGAGUAGGAUGAUGUUCAUUUCUAAUCAUUUAAUUAUACACUCACAUAAACAUCGUCAUGUAAUAAGUGUUACAGUUGUGUAUACAUGGUUUUAAAGCUAGUGACAUUUGGAAUAGGACAUAUUCAUUAUUCUUUGCAUAAAACUAUUACACAUUUCCAAUGAUAUCAGUCUUUACCAAGCCUGUAUCAUUAAGAACUUUAAUUGAAAAAUGCUCAGAUAUUAAGAGCAAAAAAAAAAGAUAAGUUUGAUUGAAAUAGUUUUAUAAGGAUUGUUUGAACAUAUUAGAAUAGUCUAUUCAAAAGAUUAUGUUUAAGAGAAUAAGUUUAUUUAUUGCUCAAAAACUAUAUUCUUGUAUUUUCAUGAUGUGCAUGUUAAGUACUGUUAUAAAUAUUUGUAUGAAUACAUUGUCUGAGUCAGUAUGUAAAGUAUCAUUCAAACAUAUAUGUAUGUGAAUAUGAUAUCAUACAACUAUCAUUUUAUAAACAGCACAUUAAAUCAAACCAAUAUGAAUGAACACUGCUACCAGUACUGUAAGAAUACAAGGAUUUAAAUCCAAGACUAGAAAUGUGUCAUAGACGCUGAUUGACCCAUAUACGGUAUGUUUUCUGAUCCCUUCUUGUACUAUUCUACUGACCGCAGAGCUUAUAGACUUUCAAACUACACUAGUAAGUGGAAAUGGUAUUGACAAGCUUAAAUUGACCAACAAACAGGAUUUAACCCUUUGCAUGCUUGGAAAUUUGUCGUAAGCUAAAAUGUUGUCUGCUGAAUUUCUAAAAUUAGCAUUUUCUUUGAUUUUUUUCAA